GUUUUAAUGAAAGAGACAGACUCCAAGGUAUCAGCAUACAUGCGUAUGUAUGUAGUGUGUACUAGUUAUUUCCAAGUUAUUGCAAUGUCCUUUUCGCGCAUGUGCCAUUGUAAGAAUAUACAUAUGUAUGUAUGCAUAUGUACACCAGCAAAAAUACCCAUUUAAUUAUAACAAAGUAUUCGUAAAACGAAAAAAGUAGACGAAUCAUUAGUAAAAUAAGGAUUUUCCUUUUCAAUUCAAAAUGAAAUUUAAUUAAUAAAGUGUAUUUCUCAAAAACAUGCUGGUAAAAGAAUUGAUCCGAUUUUCAACGCAACAUCGCACACUGCACUGCUAUUUAGUACUGAGUAUAUGGAUUUUUCUCUUAAUUGCUGGCAUGUAUAAAUACAUUGGCCACAGCGGAAAUUCUAUUACAAGCACAUUUCGAUUCCUUAACGGCCAUCUGCAUUCUCAACCCGGCGAUGCCCAGUAUGCUGAUGACACUUAUCAAGAAUCACAAGAUAAAAUUUCGCUUAAGAGCAAUCAGUUUAAGGAGCGUUGUGCUCCUUUAAAAAGUUUGGUACGUCGUGAUGAAGGGGGCAUAUUGGACGGAUGGAAAUUGCAAGGUGUACUGAUGGUCAUACGACACGGCGACCGUGGUCCCAUGUCGCAUAUGCGCGGCGUUAUGGGCAUCGAUUGCAGCUUAGCGAACAAUGGUUUAAUCAACCGUUAUCGCAGCUUCCUUUAUAAUUCUACAUCGUCAUCAAGCUCUAAUCAUAUGUACUGGAACAAAGUGGGCCCCUUUCACGGCUUCCCAUUGCUUCCUGCAUCCGAGCGUGCAUGUCUUUUGGGCCAGUUGACAUUUAAGGGUGUAGCUCAGAUGUUGCAUGUUGGCGAUAUUCUGCAUCAAAUUUAUGCCCACCCGCUCGGGUUGCUGGCAAAGCAAACGCCGAGUAAGCCCGCAACGAGUGGCUCGUCGACACCGAACUCGCUACUUAACUCCGACGAAGUAGUGUUAUUUUCCACACGCUACAGGAGAACCUUCCAAUCGGCUCUGGCAUUGCUUUAUAGUUUUUUACCCAACGACAAGUGGUUGUCUUUAAAUAUUCGGGAGUCUCAUAGCAUGGCGUUCUGUUUCACCGAUUGUGCCUGUCAACAAGCGGAAGUCUUGUACAAACGGCAAAAGCUCGAACAGAAGUUCAAUUUGACCUUACAACCGGAAAUUAGCAAAGUUAUGCAAUGGGUGGGAGGUGCACUGCUACAGCACACACCAAAUGGCAUCAAUAACAUUCACGAUGUUGUGGACGUUUUAAAUACCGUUUUGUGUCACGAUGCGCCAUUGCCUUGCCGACAUACUGGAUCAAACAGUUCACGCCUGUUUUCAACCACUCAGCUAAGUGCAGUUGAUUUAAACGAUGUCAUUAAUAUAGAUCAAGAUGACAACGUAGCAGAGGUUCGCUCCAUGCCGGAAAAAGUAUUCAAUGAAGAUCUUGAAAGUGAAAAUUUAAUGGGAUGUAUUGAGCAGACUCACGUCACUACUCUUACGACAUACGCUAACUGGCAAUCAACACUUGAAGCGGGGAACGUAUAUUAUAAGCGAAUUGGACUCCUCCGAGCAUACGGUAUGGUCCGACAUAUUGUUAGUUAUAUGCUGCGAAUGAUAUCCGGCGAUCGAACGAAAUUUGUAUUGUACUCAGGCCAUGACUGGACGCUACAAUAUUUAACUGCUGCCUUGGGAAUAAAAACCGGGAAUACCGUCAUACCAUAUGCAACCCGAUUGGCAAUUGAGCUAUACAAAAGCGAAACACACACGGACUAUUAUUUUCGGAUGGUUUACAAUGGUAAAGAUGUUACGCAGCAAAUAGAUUUUUGUGAAGGCGGUAAAAGUUUGAGGGUUACUCGAGAUAGCCGCGGUAACAAGGCAGACCUUUGUCCGAUUGAGAAUAUCAUACGAUUCCUUCAUGAAGACUACUUUGCGCCGCUAAAUGCGACUAAUUUUAAAGAUGCCUGUAGCGCAUUUGUUUCGCCAAAAGAAAUCUACUGAUUUCAUAUACAAACAUACAUACCUAUG